AUGGCAUUUGCUAAGAAGUGGCCAGGUGAUACCCAAUGUAAUGAAAUAUUAGAAAGCAAAAGUGGAAAAUGUGAUGUCAACCAGUGUCAAGCCGGAUGUGUCAAAAAGCAUAAAGUAGCGAAAGCUUCCGAUCCGCAACGAACGUCAAAUGGCACUGGGAUAAUCUCAGCUGCUCUUUCAGGGAACGAGAAGCCUAAACCUCUAGCACUUGCUCCACCACCGAAUGAUGCGAUAAAAACCAGGUCUCAUGUGCCGUCUCCUCCAAAUGAUCCUGUCAUUUCAAGGAUUGCAUCUGACAGUUCUAAGGUACCAAUAACACAAGACACAAGAAUGAUCCUAUCUCUGAUCUAUCUCAGCUCGAGGUAA